AUGCGAGCGUGGGUCCUACUCUCCGCGGUGCUCUGGUACCUCACUGGAGCUGGAUGGCAGCGUUCUUCUGAACGUACCGGGAAAGGCCUCAUUUAUGGCAAGCCGGGACACCCAGUGAAAAUAUAUGUAAAAUUACAUCACAGUAGCCCAAUCCUUGCCUGUAUGGAUUUUAAACGUGCUAAAAAAGAAACUGUGGACCCCACCUACUCAUGGAUCGGGCCUAAUGAAAAGCCAUUAACAGAAAAUAAUCAAAUAAAUAUAACUAAAACAGGAAAGCUGAAGAUGGAAGAUUUUCAGGAGGCUUUGUCUGGACUUUACACAUGUACUCUUUCUUAUAAGACUGUCAAAGCAGAAACUCAAGAAGAAACAGUAGUAAAGCAGAGAUACGACUUUAUGAUCUUUGCCUAUCGGGAACCUGAUUAUUCAUAUCAGAUGGCUGUACGUUUUACCACAAAGUCUUGUGAAGGAAGAUACAAUGACCUGCUUUUUAGAGUGCUGAAGAAAAUCUUGGAUAAUUUAAUCUCUGAUUUGUCAUGCCAUGUCGUAGAACCAUCAUAUAAAUGCCAUUUUGUUAAAAUUCCAAAACAUGGCCUUGUACAUGAACUAUUUAUAGCCUUUCAAGUUAAUCCUUUUGCACCAGGGUGGAAAGGUGCAUGCAAUGAUUCUGCUGACUGUGAAGAUAUAACUAAUCAUAAUAUCCUCCAGGCAAGAGAUCGGAUAGAAGAAUUUUUCCGGAGCCAAGCAUAUAUUUACUACCACGACUUUAAUAAAACUAUACCAGCUAUGCAUUUUGUGGACCACAGUUUUCAAGUAGUACGUAUGGAUAGCUGUCGUCCAGGCUUUGGAAAAAAUGAAGGUCUACACAGUAAUUGCGCUAGCUGUUGCGUGGUUUGUAGUCCUGGGACUUUUAGUCCUGAUGUUGAUGUUACUUGUCAGAGCUGUGUUUCCAUCCGUGUUUAUGGAGCUAAAUCUUGCACAUAA